AUGUUAAAAGAAGCAAAGAAAAGGAACAUUUACAAGAGGAUUUUUUGCGUCGCAUUAACUGACAAACAGAUUUCUGAAAUACAAACAGGAGAGUUUGAUGGUCUUAUAUGUGCUGGUACCCUCCUUGCGGGGCAUAUCAAGGCAGCUGCUCUUGAUGAAAUGGUCAGGAUAGUGAAACAUGGUAUCAAUUUUGUUUUCUUUUUUUCUUUGCACAUGAGUUUGUCAUAAAAGGGAGUGUCAUGAAUACUUAAGUACCUAAGUGGCGAUAAUGAUAAUGAUGAUGAAUGAUGACGGCCAUGAUAAUGACAGUGAUUAUUUUUCAUCUUGAAAACACGGGGAGAGAUGGGGAACUGAAAAUCCUCUUUUCAGGGAUUAAAGACUGUCUUCUUUGCCCCAUGCUAUCCUGGCAUCUUACACAAAUAUAAUUCUAACUGUAAUUUCGAAUUGUAAGACGUUUUGUAUUGUUGUUUAUAGGUGGUAUAAUCUGCUUCAACAUGCGGGAUGGCCAGCUGGAUGACUACCUGGAGAAAAUAAACGAAUUAGAGAGAACGGGACGGUGGGAAAUGAUCUCUAAGAACGCAGUGUCUUUUUUCGAAACUGAGGAAAUGCCCAGAGAAACCUACGCUUUCUUGUUUAGAGUUUUGAGGAAUUAA